AUGGAUAAUACAGAGUCGACAGUAAAUACCAUUAGUAAGCCGACAGAAGCUGCCCGCAACACUGCCGUGCUACCGCAAUAUAUUUGUCGAGUUAUAAAAAAUUUUCUUCUCGUCUGGCUCGAUGCCAAUCUUGAUGAAUCAAAACCAGAUUUCAAGAAUUCAUUAACAAAUCUACAGCAAAUUGUAGUAUCAAUCCGAACAUUUAUCGAUGCUGAACAAUGCAUUCGAUUCAUCAGAGACAUUAAAGAAGAAAAGGUAAUUUUAAUUAUUUCUGGGUCACUUGGACAAACUGUUAUACCGAACAUAUGUACAUGCUCACAAUUGGACUCUAUUUAUGUAUUUUGUAGCAAUCAGUCGAUUCAUGAACAAUGGACAAAAGACAUGUUAAAGGUGAAGGGCGUGCAUACUAGUAUCGAAUCUAUCUGUACAGCAUUACAAGUUGAAAGUGCAAGAUGCGAUCGAGAUUUAGCCUCGAUCAGUUGCCAUGGCAUCGAUUCCUUGUUUAUGUACACACAACUGUUAAAAGAAGCACUAUUGGAAAUCAACGAUCAUGAUACUAAGCAUGUUAAAGAACUUUCUGAUUACUGUCGUCUUCAAGAUAAUAUAUCUAACGAUGAAGUAGAAAAGAUUGCAACUGACUAUUAUCGUUUUACACCAAUUUGGUGGUACACAGCGCCGUACUUCAUUUACUCGAUGCUCAAUCGUGGCCUACGGCUGUUCGAUAUCAAUAUUAUAGUAAAAAUGGGUUUCUUCAUUCGACAUCUUCACCAGAAUAUCGAACAGUUGUAUCGCGAGCAACGGUCAACUGCGACAACGACACCUUUCGAAGUAUACCGAGGUCAAGGAUUAUCUCGGCAAGAUUUUAAAACAAUGAAACGAUCCAAAGGAGGAGUAAUGUCCUUUAACAAUUUUCUUUCAACGAGUCGCAACCGUAAUAUCGCCCUAAGUGGUUUUGCACGGCCGGCAGCACUUGUCGGUGCUGAAUCAGUGGGUAUUCUCUUUGCUAUGACCAUCGAUCCAACACUCUGUAAAAGUUCAGCACAACCAUAUGCUGACGUAAGAAAAGUCGGUUUCUAUCAAGGUCAAGAAGAAGAAAUUCUUUUCUCUAUCUACACUAUAUUUCGAAUCGAUAAAAUUGAACGAAUUGACAGCGAACAUCGUGGCCGCCUUUGGCAAGUUAAACUCACAUUGGUAAGUAACGAUGAUGCUCAUUUAAACAAGCUUACGGCACAUACACGCGAAGAGCUCAUUGGAACAGGCGGCUGGUCACGAGUAGGAAGUAUACUAAUUAGAAUGGAACAGUCUACAAAAGCAGAACAACUCUUUCAACUUCUCCUUGCAAAUAUAUCAUCCAGCGAUGACGAUCGAGCGAACUAUAAUUAUCAACUUGGAUGCAUGUAUACCGUCAUGAACAUACACUCGAAAGCAAUUUUAUUUUAUGAACAAGCACUCAAAAUCUACGAAGCCAGACGUCCAGCUCCACAUACAUUAUUGGCCACUUGUUACAACAACAUUGGAACCUGCUAUAAAAGCAUCGGGGAGCACUCGAAAGCACUUUCAUUUUAUCAACGAGCAGUUGAUAUCAACGAAGAAGCUCUCGCUUCGAAUCAUCUGUCAUGGACUACUCCCUCUACAAGGACUAGUUGCUCUUUGCUAGCAACUUCCUAUAACAACAUCGGUGGUCUAUGUUACACGAGCGGCAAUUACGCACAAGCACUUUUAUUUUAUAAACGAGCCUUCGCUAUGAAAGGAAACACUCUUCCUCCAAACCAUCGUUCAUUUGCUACUUGCUACAACAACAUCGGAUUGGUGUUUGACAGUAUGGGGAAGUAUUCGAAAGCACUUUCAUGUUAUCGAGAAGCCCUCGAUAUCGAUCGAAAGAAUCUGCCUGACACUUAUGAACUUAUCGCACAAGUAAAAAGAAAUAUUAAACUUGUGAAAAAGAAAAUGUAA